AUGCCGCAGAAGAGUCAAAACUGGGAUUUGCAUAGAGAUGAGAUCGAGAAACUCUACAUGCAGCGAGGCUUUACGCUCCAGAAGUUGCAAGAAGCAAUGAGUAUGAAGCACGACUUUACUGCAUCAACCCGGGCCUGGAAAACGAAACUCGAGGAGUGGAAACUCCGAAAGAACAAGUCAAGAAGCAUUCUUCGAAAAGGAUAUCCACGCCAGCGCCGUGAACAGCUGAAAGGCUCCCCAGCUUCAAUUCCUCCAAGCCAAGAAAAAUCUCCAUCCAAAGACUUAUCCAUUCCUCAACUACCGACAGACGUGUUGUAUAAUUGGACAGCAGACGAUCCAGCUGCAAUUCCGGAGACAUCAUUUCAAACUUCCCCAUCAAACCCGGUAUACAAUACGCUAUGGAGAAACUCAAUUGGGGACACUGUUCACCAAUGUUCACACUACACUUCGAUAUCGACGUUAGGAAACAGCUAUCUGGAAACGCCCCCGCUCAUCAAUUCGUCACUCAUGCUUUUCUCAACAAGACCACCUAGUGUGAGCCUUCGCCUUCUGGCCAACUGUCCUGAACAAGCGCCACAAGCCCUGGAGAUCCUCCUCCGCAGUUGGAAGCCGGGAGGAGAACACAUGUGGUUUGCCAAGCGUUUUCUGGCAGACAGUGCUUACUGUCGCACAAUUGUUGGGGUGAACUGGACCCGAUGGGACCACACUGACGAAACCCUUUUCGACCUUGUCGACCAGUUUGUACCUGAGGAUGAACAAGAUCUUUUGAGGAAAGCUCUACUACGAGCGGAUGUCAAGUUUGAGCAUCCUCUCGGUCGACUAAAUGCUCAGUGGGCGCCAACAUGGCGACUUGCUAUCCGUGAAACGACCUGGGACCGCGCGAAGCACCAGAUACUUAAGAUGGAGGUACGAGAUCGACUUCUCCGUUGUGCACUCUCGGUUGUGGCAGGGGCAUUGGUUAGGUCACAAGAGACUCGUCUUGAAUUACUUGCAAUGACGGGAGAGUCAGAACUAUUCGAAGAAAGUCGAAUGGACAAAGCCUGGAUUCUUGCAGACUGUCAUGAGCAAGGGAUAAAUAUUGACAUUUAA